AUGGCGAAGGAAGCUCUGCAGGUCAGAGAGACCAUUUCUUGCACCAUCUGUCUGGAUCUCCUGAGUGAACCAGUAACCAUCCCCUGCGGGCACAGCUACUGUAUGAGCUGCAUCAAAACCCACUGGGAUGAAGAAUACAAGAACGGACUCUACAGCUGUCCUCAGUGCAGACAGUCCUUCAGACCGAGGCCUGACCUGGUGGAGAGUGCCACGCUAGCACUGUUAGUGGAGGAGCUGAAGAAGACUGGACUCCAGGCGGCUCCUGCAGACCACUGCUUCGCGGGACUGGAAGAUGUGGCCUGUGACGUCUGCACAGGGAGGAAACGGAAGGCCAGCAAGUCCUGUCUACAAUGCUUGGCUUCAUACUGUGAGGCAGACCUGCACUGUCAUCUUGACUCUCCUGUCUUCAAGAAACACAAGCUGGUGAAGCCCUCCAAGAGUCUGCAGGAGAAGAUGUCCUGCUGUCCUGAUCAGCGGUCUAUCUGUCACUCCUGCUCUGCUGAUGGAGAUAAAGGCCAGGACGUCGUAUCAGCUGCAGUGCAAAGAACUGAGAGGCAGCGGAAGAUCGAAGACAGCCGACGAGAGAUCCAGCAGAGGAUCCAGAGUACAGAGAAGGAUGUGAGUCUGCUGCAGAAAGAACAGGACUCUAUCAAUCGCUCUGCAGACAAAGCAGUGGACCACUGUGAGAUGAUCCUGUCUCAGCUGGUGCAUCUCCUGGAGAAAGGAGGCUUCGAUUUGACGAAGCAGGUCAGAUUCCAGCAGGGAAAUGAGCUGGGUCGCGUCAGGGAGUUACAGGAGAAACUGAAGCAGAAGGUCUUGGAGCUGAAGGGGAAAGACGCUGACCUCGAGAAGCUCUCACAUACAGACGACCACAACCAGUUCCUACAGGACUACCCCUCUCUGUCAGGACUUGAUGAACCUUCAGACCUCUCCAGGAUUGAUUUCCGUCCUCUUACGUACUUUGAGGAUGUGACGGCGGCGGUUUCAGGACUCAAGGAUAAACUACAGAAGGAACUGAGUGAAACAUGGACAAACAUCUCUCAGAUUGUGACUACGGUGGAUGUUUUACUGGCUCAGCCGGAGCUCAAGACCAGAGCGGACUUCUUACAGUACGCAUGUGAGCUCACAAUCGAUCCAAACACAGUAAACCCGUGGCUGUCGUUAUCUAAAGAGAACAGAAGGGCGACAGUCAUGAGAAGGAAGCAGCCUCAUCCCAAACACAAGGACAGAUUCAUGUUUUGGCGCCAGGCGUUAAGCAAGGAAAGUCUGACAGGACGCUGUUACUGGGAGGUGGAGUGGGCAGGACAGGGAGUCUACAUCGCAGUGGCGUACAAGGACAUCCGCAGAGGAGCCAAAGCAGAUGACUGCUGUUUUGGAUACAACAAAAAAUCCUGGGCAUUCGAAUGCUUCAAAAAUAAGUAUGAGUUCUGGUUUGACUUUGUUUCGUUUCCAGUCACAGGUCCAUGGACGUGCAAAGUAGGGGUGUACCUGGACCACAGCGCAGGUAUUCUGUCCUUCUACAGCGUCUCAGACACCAUGACUCUUCUCCACAGGGCAGAAAUCGGAUUCACUCAGCCUCUCUAUGCUGGACUUUGGCUGCGCUAUCCUGCCCCUGGUAUCAGUGCUGAGUUCUGUGAGCUGAAGUAG